CGGAAGUGAAGCAGAAAGAGUCACAUAAUGGCAUCAGCAGGUUCAGAUCAGACAAGCGAGGGGCUCACACAGCAGAAAUUAUACCUGAAUCUUAAAGCGGUCUCUGCCCAGCUUCGUGGACGACAGACUCGUGACAGUUGCUUCUUAGAAGUUUCAGUAGACGGACUACCUGGGGAGACUAAAAAAACAGCAAAGAAAACUGGAGGAGAAGACUUGAGAUUCAAUGAGACCCUAAACCUAAACGUAUCCUCACACAGUUUGUUGGAGAUUCGUCUUUGGAGCUGUCAUAAACUGCGCAACGAACUCCUGGGAACAGCAUGUGUGAACCUGCAAAACACGCUGCCUAAGAGGGGCAACAGAGCAGGCAGUGUCCCACUGAAGUUAAACCUGCAGAAAGAGCACAAAGGGAGCGUGGUAUCUGGGGGAGAACUGAAUAUUGUCCUGGAUCAGCCUGUCAUGGAUAUUGGGAGUGUUCCCAAUGGCACAGAUGUCUCCGUCAUGGACUCAGAAAUUAUUUUUGAGAAUGGUCACUACGCUCUGGACAAAGUGAGUGAUCCCCCUGACAACCCCUCGCUACAAAAUGUGGAGAGUAAUUCUCAUCAGCUGUGCAAGGACCAGACUAACACAAGUGAUAUUAGUGUUGUGGGUAAUGGAGAAUGUCCGCACACAACAGUAGCAGAUAGUGAUGCCUCAUCUGUGGAUACGUCAAUGAUCAGCAUCACUAGCGUUCCAACCUCGCCAGGUUCACUGCUACCAUCUGCAGGGAACGAGGAGUCGCCAUCACAGACCAGUGCCAUUACUCCGACUGCAGAUGGCCUCCCUCCAGGGUGGGAACAGAGAGAGCUUAGUAAUGGACGAGUUUACUAUGUGGAUCAUAAUACUAAGAGUACCACUUGGGAAAGGCCCCUUCCCCCAGGAUGGGAGAAGCGAGUGGAUAAUCGAGGGCGGUACUAUUAUGUGGACCACAAUACUCGCACCACCACAUGGCAGAGACCCACAGCAGAAUAUGUCCGGAACUAUGAGCAAUGGCAGUCGCAAAGGAACCAGUUACAAGGAGCAAUGCAGCAAUUGAGUCAGCGCUUUCUGUAUCAGUCAUCACCUGCUGCGCCUGACAAUGACCCCCUUGGACCACUACCUAACGGCUGGGAGAAACGUCAAGAUAAUGGACGGGUUUAUUACGUGAAUCACAACACACGUACUACGCAGUGGGAAGAUCCAAGGACACAAGGUAUGAUCCAGGAGCCAGCACUCCCACCAGGCUGGGAGAUGAAAUAUACCAGUGAGGGGAUUCGCUAUUUUGUUGAUCACAAUGCUCGUACUACCACAUUUAAAGACCCCCGACCUGGCUUUGACUCAGGGGUAAAACAGGGAGGCUCACCUGGAGCAUAUGAUAGAAGCUUCCGUUGGAAAUACAAUCAGUUCCGUUUCCUGUGUCAUUCAAAUACACUCCCAAGUCAUGUAAAGAUCAGUGUGUCAAGACAAACCCUGUUUGAGGAUUCCUUCCAGCAGAUCAUGAACAUGAAGCCAUAUGAUCUCAGACGGCGCCUUUACAUUAUCAUGCGUGGUGAAGAGGGUCUGGAUUAUGGUGGCAUUGCAAGGGAAUGGUUCUUUUUGCUGUCCCAUGAGGUACUAAACCCCAUGUACUGUCUCUUUGAAUAUGCUGGCAAGAACAAUUACUGUUUGCAGAUUAACCCUGCUUCUUCUAUCAACCCUGACCACCUAACCUACUUUAGAUUCAUUGGCCGGUUUAUCGCAAUGGCUCUGUACCAUGGGAAAUUCAUAGACACAGGAUUUACCCUUCCCUUUUAUAAGAGGAUGCUAAACAAGAAACCAACUCUGAGAGACCUGGAAUCCAUCGACCCGGAAUUCUACAACUCCAUUGUGUGGAUAAAGGAUAAUAAUAUUGAGGAGUGUGAGUUGGAGCUGUACUUUGUGCAGGACAUGGAGAUCUUAGGUGAGGUGACAUCUCACAAGCUGAAGGAAGAAGGUGAAAACAUACGUGUGACAGAGGAAAACAAAGAGGAGUUUAUAAUGCUUCUCACAAACUGGCGAUUUACUCGUGGAGUAGAGGAACAGACAAAAGCUUUUCUGGAUGGUUUCAAUGAGGUUGUGCCCCUGGAGUGGCUACGUUACUUUGAUGAGAAGGAGCUGGAGCUGAUGUUGUGUGGAAUGCAGGAAAUAGACAUUAAUGACUGGCAGAAGAACACCAUAUAUCGUCACUACACCAAGAACAGCAAGCAGGUCCAGUGGUUUUGGCAGGUGGUGAAGGAGAUGGAUAAUGAGAAGCGAAUCCGGUUACUUCAGUUUGUAACGGGGACAUGUCGCCUUCCUGUAGGGGGGUUCCAAGAGCUUAUAGGAAGUAACGGACCUCAGAAGUUCUGUAUUGACAAAGUCGGCAAAGAUACAUGGCUACCACGGAGUCACACUUGCUUUAACCGUUUAGACCUACCUCCAUACAAGAGCUAUGAGCAGCUGAAGGAGAAACUGAUGUUUGCCAUUGAGGAGACAGAAGGGUUUGGUCAGGAGUGAUGUGAAUAUGAAGAAUCAGAAAACAAACUGAAGCAACCAAGAAAAAAGGAAGAUGAUUUCAUUUCUGCUUGACCGACAAAUGUCUGUGUGUGCUCCCUCAGAUUCUGCCUCUGAGAGUGAUGUUGACGCAUCCUGUGUGAAUAAAGCACAAAAUAUGUUGGUAAUCCACAAAUCAAAACACUCCUAAUAACAUUGUUACUUUCUGUGCGGUAGGAUUAUGAGAUCCUUGGCAUCCCCUUAAGGAAGGGGUUCAUCCUGAUUCAGUCUUUGUAAACCCUGACUGGUUUUGUUUUAUAUCAGUAAUCAAAUUCUGUUUUAAUUGUAUGUAGCCCUAAUACUUUAAUCAUGAGCUAACCAUCAAACCGUUAUCUAUUUAUUUAUUUUGUUUAACAGGGUUGAGUAGUAGACUAGAACCACUCUAAAAUAAUAUGUAAUGGAUAGUUUUUCUUUAAAACAAUCAGUGCACAAAUCUUAUUCACAGGUCAUUUUCCAUCACUGUAACAACCUCCAAUGACAUUACUUUUUAAAUGGCCUUUUUGUGUGGUCUUAUACUUGUGAUGUGGCAAUAACUUAAAGGGGGGGAAAGUGAGUUAUUCCCCCCCCCCCCCGAAUAGUCCAGGGCUAACUCCAUCUUCAGAUAAGAUUUAGAUUUUGCAAGUUUUCUUUUUGUUGCUUUAUUAUAUAUUUUUCUCUUUUUCAUCCCGAAGUUCAGUUUCACAGCAGCUUUUUAUCAAGUCAAAAAAAAAGAAAACUUGCAUUUUUUUGUUUUAUAAAUCAUAUUUUGAAUGAAAAACAAAAACAAAUUAUACUUUGCACCAUUUUUAUAUAUGUAUAUAUAUUUCACCAUUAGAAAAAACAAAAGUUAUAAAGGACACCUUUACAACCUGUACCUGUUAUCUACUGCGAGCACAUAGUUCUUUUUAAGAUAAUGGGUUGAAAUGAACUGGUUUUACCAUUUGUGAAUAAAACAAGUAACUCUCAGUUAUUCUUUUAUGGGCCUAGCUGAAAUUGUAACAGUUACCUCAUAAUUGAGUUUUAAAAAUGCAACCUACUCAGCUGUAAUGUGCAGCGAGAAAUGUAGACAUCUUAAAUGAACAAUUCAUAGGUAAAUAUUGUUUUUAGUGAUGCAGUAUGGGAAAUUCCAGUCAUGAAAGCUAACAAUUAGCUGCUCCGACUUCAGAAAACAUCUUACAACACAAUGUAUAAAAGUGAUCAACAUAUCUGUAACCCAAACUGAUGCCGUUUGCUUCUUUUAUUCACAACUGUGUGUUCAUUUGUCUUGCUUUUUAUUCACCUCUUAUUUGUGCUCAGUGAGAACAUUUGUAUAUAGAGUGUAUAUAAUAUAUAUAAAUAUAUAUAUAUGUAAUGAUUUACAUUUGCAAGAGCUUUGGAUCAAUUUACCAGAGUUUUGUACAGCACCGAUCUGCGUCCAUGAUGCUUUUUUUUCCUGUGCAAUAAACAUGCAGAUAAUUUGCUAAAA